CGCGCGGCGCCGCCCGAAGGUCACGGGCCGGCCUGCGAAAAUGGCGGCGGCGGCGGGGGCUGGCGGCUGCCGGAAAUGCCUCAUCAGUGGGAUAUGGCUCAUAUCCAGGAGAUACCCAGUUCCCGCCGUCCCCCCGGGUACAGUGUACAGACUGAGCAGGCCAGUUUUAGACAUCCAUCAGUCUAGAUGCUACUCUUCCGGAGGAAGAAAGGGCUUUAUAUCUGGUUUUGUGGAGAACAUCAAACAGGAAUUAGCAAAAAACAAGGAGAUGAAAGAAAGUAUUAAAAAAUUCCGAGAUGAAGCUAAAAAGCUGGAAGAAUCGGAUGCGCUUCGAGAAGCGAGGAGGAAAUAUAAAACCAUUGAAUCCGAAACAGUGAAGACCUCAGAAGUGAUUAAAAAGAAACUUGAAGAAAUAACUGGUACAGUUAAAGAGAGUUUGGAUGAAGUAAGUAAGAGCGACAUUGGCCGGAAGAUAAAGGAAGGGGUGGAAGAAGCAGCAAAAACAGCAAAGCAGUCUGCGGAGUCAGUGACAAAAGGAGGGGAGAAAUUAGGCAAGACAGCAGCCUUCAAAGCUUUUUCUCAGGGAGUAGAAACAGUUAAGAAGGAAAUUGAUGAAAGUGUUUUAGGCCAGACCGGUCCUUACAAACGUCCGGAGCGACUACGAAAAAGAACAGAGUUCUCAGGCGAGAGGAUUAAAGAGGAGCGAAUAUUUGAAGCUAAUGAGGAGGCCAUGGGUGUGGUGCUGCACAAAGACUCAAAAUGGUACCAGCAGUGGAAAGAUUUCAAGGACAACAAUGUGGUCUUCAACAGGUUCUUUGAAAUGAAAAUGAAGUAUGAUGAAAGUGAUAAUGCAUUCAUCCGAGCUUCCAGAGCUGUCACAGACAAAGUCACUGACUUAAUAGGUGGAUUGUUCUCGAAGACAGAAAUGUCUGAGGUUUUGACAGAGAUACUCAAAGUGGAUCCAUCCUUCGACAAAGAUCGGUUUUUAAAGCAGUGCGAGUAUGAUAUAAUCCCCAAUGUCUUGGAGGCGAUGAUGUCUGGAGAGCUUGAUAUCCUCAAAGAUUGGUGCUACGAAGCGACUUACAGUCAGCUUGCCCAUCCAAUCCAGCAAGCCAAAGCCAUGGGGCUCCAGUUCCACUCCAGGAUUCUUGACAUUGACAACAUCGACCUGGCCAUGGGGAAGAUGAUGGAGCAGGGACCAGUAUUAAUCAUCACUUUCCAGGCUCAGGUGGUGAUGGUCAUUAAGAACCAGAAAGGGGAGCUGGUGGAAGGUGACCCGGACAAGGUUCUGCGGAUGCUGUACGUGUGGGCACUCUGCAGAGACCAGGACGAGCUCAACCCCUACGCUGCCUGGAGGCUGUUGGACAUUUCCUCAUCGAGCACGGAGCAGGUUCUCUGAGCAGGACCCCAUCCCAGGGGCUUCCCCGACCUCUCCUGAAGCGAUGCCAUCUCUGAACUGGCACCCAUCUGCCGUGUGAUGGACCGUGUGGGGGAGAGAGAGAGGCCAGAUGGGUUCCUUUCCAAGAAGAACAGACUGAAUUUGAUGUGCCCUCGUUAUACCCAUCCCCAUAACGAACCGGACGGGUCUGACAUCUCUGCCUUACGCUUCGCUGUGUAGUAUCGUACGGUAGAUCCCAACGUGAAAUGUCUGAGACACUCGCAGCUGCUGUCGGCUCCUUUUUUUUAAUUGUGGCUGAAGGAGGCUGGGGUUGGGUCCUGUGUGUUUCCCAGCCCUUCCAGCGAUGGACCGAGGUGGGUAUCGGAGAGUGAGAUGUAACAGGUCUGGUUCCCCUCCGCUGUCAUCUUCUGGUGGCCUCAAAGCAUCCCUGAGGAGAACUUAGAGGUGCUUUUGAGGCACGUUGGUCUUCGCUGACACACAUCUUCUGUACAGAGUUGCACCAAUAAGCCUUCUGUUGCUGCAGUGUCUUGCACUUUACCAAAUACAAUCAGGACUUUGCACGAGACUCUUGGUUGGGGUGGCACGGGGUCGGGAUGGAGACGUUGGCACCAUCAAGGUGGGUUCUCGAGGCCGGUUGCAGGGUGGAGUUUGCUGCCCCUGAAAAUAUUUGUACAUCCACAGCUUUGCAAGGGGGAACGUCGUUGUUUCUGGGGUUCUGUUCAUUGUGUCCACUGGUCCCACUAAACGCACAACUCAUUUAUCUUGGGUCAGUCUGGUGGUGUGGGGGAGAGGGGCUGGAACUGGUAACGAGGAAGCAGGCAGUGCUGGAGCAGUGGUCAGGAGCAGGGUUGGACAGACUGGCCACAAAUGGGUAAAUAAAACACAAUUACAGGUAGAACAUCACUCCUUGUAGCUCAGGUAUUGUGUGAGAUGAGAAAAGAGGGUGCAGGUCACACACCUGCUGUGUAAAGUGCAUUACAAGUGUGGUUUUCUUCACUUGUGCUUCAUGGGGUGACACACCUGGCCUGGGCAUCCCAGGUGGCAACUGGGAGAUGUCAGAGGGUGAGCUGCUGGCACAUUUAACGUGGACUCUUGGUUCUGGGCUUCUGCUGGAGGCUCAGUUUGGGGUUUUGGUGUGGGUCAAUGCAUCAGCUGCCUCCCCUUAAUGGAAAGUGGGGUUGAGGGGGGAAAAUUGAUGGUGGAGUAGGAAAUCAAAGCACUGAUCUGCUGCUGUGUCCUGCCCGUGCUCAAACCAGGGCCAUGCAGGAGAGCACUUCCUUGACAUUAUGAUUAAAGAGAAUAAUUGCCAG